AUGAUGCACUCCAGAGUUAAGCACCAAAGCAAACACACUCUUCUCCUCUUCUUCUACUCUUCUUCUUCUCCUCUUCUUCUCCUCUUCUUCUCCUCUUCUUCUCCUCUUCUUCUCCUCUUCUUCUCCUCUUCUUCUCCGCUUCUUCUACUCUUCUUCUCCUCUUCUUCUCCUCUUCUUCUCCUCUUCUUCUUCUCCUCUUCUUCUCCUCUUCUUCUCCUCUUCUUCUCCUCUUCUUCUCCUCUUCUUCUCCGCUUCUUCUACUCUUCUUCUCCUCUUCUUCUCCUCUUCUUCUCCUCUUCUUCUUCUCCUCUUCUUCUCCUCCUCUUCUUCUCCUCUUCUUCUCCUCUUCUUCUCCGCUUCUUCUACUCUUCUUCUUCUCCUCUUCUUCUCCUCUUCUUCUCCUCUUCUUCUCCUCUUCUUCUCCUCUUCUUCUCCUCUUCUUCUCCUCUUCUUCUCCGCUUCUUCUACUCUUCUUCUACUCUUCUCCUCCUCUUCUCCUCUUCUUCUCCUCUUCUUCUCCUCCUCUUCUUCUCCUCUUCUUCUCCUCUUCUUCUCCUCUUCUUCUCCUCUUCUUCUCCUCUUCUUCUCCUCUUCUUCUCCUCUUCUUCUCCUCUUCUUCUCCGCUUCUUCUCCGCUUCUUCUCCUCUUCUUCUCCUCUUCUUCUCCUCUUCUUCUCCCCUUCUUCUCCUCUUCUUCUCCUCUUCUUCUCCGCUUCUUCUCCUCUUCUUCUCCUCUUCUUCUCCGCUUCUUCUACUCUUCUUCUACUCUUCUUCUCCUCUUCUUCUCCUCUUCUUCUUCUCCUCUUCUUCUCCUCUUCUUCUCCUCUUCUUCUUCUACUCUUCUUCUCCUCUUCUUCUUCUCCUCUUCUUCUCCUCUUCUUCUCCUCUUCUUCUUCUCCUCUUCUUCUCCUCUUCUUCUUCUCCUCUUCUUCUCCUCUUCUUCUUCUCCUCUUCUUCUACUCUUCUUCUACUCUUCUUCUCCUCUUCUUCUUCUCCUCUUCUUCUCCUCUUCUUCUCCUCCUCUUCUCCUCUUCUUCUCCUCCUCUUCUCCUCCUCUUUUCCUCUUCUUCUCCUCUUCUUCUUCUCCUCUUCUCCUCUUCUUCUCCUCUUCUUCUACUCUUCUUCUUCUCCUCUUCUUCUCCUCUUCUUCUACUCUUCUUCUACUCUUCUUCUACUCUUCUCCUCCUCUUCUUCUCCUCCUCUUCUUCUCCUCCUCUUCUUCUCUUCUUCUCCUCCUCUUCUUCUCAGCUUCCUCUCCUCCUCUUCUCCUCUUCUUCUCCUCUUCUUCUACUCUUCUCCUCCUCUUCUUCUCUUCUUCUUCUCUUCUCUUCUUCUCCUCUUCUUCUCCUCUUCUUCUCUUCUCUUCUCCUCUUCUUCUUCUCCUCUUCUCCUCUUCUUCUUCUCCUCUUCUUCUCCUCUUCUUCUUCUCCUCUUCUUCUACUCUUCUUCUCCUCUUCUUCUUCUCCUCUUCUUCUCCUCUUCUUCUCCUCUUCUUCUACUCUUCUUCUACUCUUCUUCUACUCUUCUUCUCCUCUUCUCCUCCUCUUUUCCUCUUCUUCUCCUCUGCUUCUUCUUCUCCUCUUCUUCUCCUCUUCUUCUACUCUUCUUCUUCUCCUCUUCUUCUACUCUUCUUCUACUCUUCUUCUACUCUUCUUCUACUCUUCUCCUCCUCUUCUUCUCCUCCUCUUCUUCUCUUCUUCUCCUCCUCUUCUUCUCAGCUUCCUCUCCUCCUCUUCUCCUCUUCUUCUCUUCUUCUUCUCUUCUCUUCUUCUCCUCUUCUUCUCCUCUUCUUCUCCUCUUCUUCUCCUCUUCUCCUCUUCUUCUUCUCCUCUUCUUCUCCUCUUCUUCUCCUGGGUUAGCGUUAGCAUGA